GAGGAGUUGGACCAGGUCGUUGAGAACUCAGAGCAGGCAGACGAGCUGGACAAGGAGAUCAUCGAGGUCCAAGGUCCGGGUGCCAUUCCAGGCCUGGACAGCGAGUCGGCCUCCAACAGCCUGCACUUCAGCAAGGCCUGCCUGAAGAACGUCUUCUCCGUCCUGCUCAUCUUCAUCUACCUGCUGCUCAUGGCCGUGGCCGUCUUCCUGGUCUACCAGACCAUCACGGACUUCCGCGAGAAGCUCAAGCACCCCGUCAUGUCCGUGUCCUACAAGGAGGUGGAUCGCUACGACGCGCCAGGUAUCGCCCUUUACCCUGGGCAGGCCCAGCUGCUCAGCUGCAAGCACCACUACGAGGUUAUCCCACCUCUGAUGAGGCCUGGCCAGCCUGGCGACAUGGACUGCACCACCCAGAGGAUCAACUACACGCACUCCUUCUCCAACCAGACUGUGAAAUCCGCCCUGGUGGUUCAGGGGCCCCAGGAAGUGAAGAAGCGGGAGCUGGUCUUCCUUCAGUUCCGGCUGAACGGGAGCAGCGAGGACUUCAGCGCCAUCGACUACCUCCUCUUCUCUUCCUUCCAGGAGUUCCUGCAAAGUCCGGACAAGGCGGGCUUCAUGCAGGCCUGCGAGAGCGCCUACUCCAGCUGGAAGUUCUCAGGGGGCUUCCGCACCUGGGUCAAGAUGUCGCUGGUGGAGACCAAGGAGGAAGACGGGCGGGAGGCAGUGGAGUUCAGACAGGAGACCAGCGUGGUGAACUACAACGACCAGAGGCCAGCCGCAGAGAAGAGUGCCCAGCUGUUCUUUGUGGUCUUCGAAUGGAAAGAUCCUUUCAUCCAGAAAGUCCAAGACAUAAUCACAGCCAACCCCUGGAACACAAUCGCUCUUCUCUGUGGGGCCUUCCUGGCAUUAUUUAAAGCAUCAGAGUUUGCCAAGCUGAGUGUGAAGUGGAUGAUCAAAAUCAGGAAGCGAUACCUUAAAAGAAGAGGCCAGGCGACAAACCACAUAAGCUGAAGCACCCCUCACUCGCAGACCUGCCGCGUUCACGGAGUCCUCACCACUUCCACUUUGAUCCACCGAGCACCCAAGGCCCAUCCUGUACUCACUUGAAGGAAGGGACCUCGCAGGGAGGAGCAGAUGGUCAAACUGGGAUUUCCGACCUGGCCCGGAAAGGGGAGAGACCCAGCAGAUAAGCCGCAAGUUAUUUAAGUUUUAAAUUAUUAAUGUUUUAUAGAGUUUGCCUGCACAGGUUUGUGGAAGAUGCCUUUCUUCCUGUUUGGUUCACUGUGUAAUGAAGCUCCAGGAUAAUUAAGGCUUUAUAGUUUUUCCUUUAGUUUUUCUAUGGUUUUUCGAGUGGAGAAGAAAAGUGUGAUUUAUGUUUCUUCAAAAAUCAUGGCAAGAUGCGUGGCCCCCCGUCUUGGAAUCUUGGCACUGUACAGAAAGGCGGGCAAACCCCGUGACUGACGGUUGUCCAGGCUGCCUGCCUCUUAUUUGCUAAUGAGACUCUGAAGCUACUAGGACCAUGGAUUAAAUUUCUUACGGACUAACUAGCUGCCUGCUUCUCUGGCUGGAACCUGUGUUGAUGCAGGUGAGUUUAGUGACUAAGCGUCAAAAGCACUAGCAGAGGUGUGGACGGUAGGUGCCUAGCCAGUGCAUUUCGAUCAUGUCACUAAUAGAUAAUAAAGUUGGGUUCAUAUGAAAGGGACGAGUGCCAAGAUGAGUUCACGGAAGUGGAUUCAGCUGGAUUCACACCCAGUGAGCAGGCACUGGUUGCUUUCCACUGUGAGCUCCACACAAAACAGCAGUCUGGACUCCUGCACCCACGGCCCCGCCCCCUCCAGCUGUGCCAGCCACUUCAAAAGUAGGUAUUGUGUGUGUUGACUGCCUGAGUGUUAUAAAAACUGCUUCAGAGUUUUCAAUUACAUACAUCCCACUGCUUCCAAAGAGGGUGUGGCAGCACUUCCUAAAUUCACUAAUCUGGCCAUAGCUGAUCCAAAGAGGAACUCAGAUGGGUAAGUAGGGCACUUUUAGCUCAUGCCUAAUUUAGCAUCAAGAACUUUUUUGGCUGAAUUAUUAUGAAGUUUGGGCCGGGGAUUUAGCCAGCGGUUCGGUGGCCUGCCUUGCAAGCGCAAGGACCCGAGUUCAAUCCCUGGUACCAAAAAAAAAAAAAGUGAACUUUGUGUAAAGAAAUAUUGCCUGCUGCUUCUCUCCACAGAAGCGUGAACAUUCAUGUUUUAGCCUGGUCUCUUUAUAAAACCUGACUGCAGGGCAUAUAAAGCUAGAUAUGAAGCUGGGUGUGGCGGGCACACAGGUAACCCCAGCACACUCAGAGCUGAGGCAGGACUGAAAGCCUGGGCAACUUAGUGAGACCCUGUAUGAAAAUUUAAAACACUGACAAAAGCUGGGGAUGUAGCUCACUAAAAGGCUCUGGAUUCAAACCCAGUGCUCUGAAAGACAAAAACCCCUUAUAGUAACUAGAAAAACAGCUUUUUAAGCUUCUCUAGAGGGUAGGGGUACAUACAGCUCAGUGGUAGUUUAUGCUUAAUGUACACGAGGCCCUGGCUUUGAGCCCCAGCACAAAAAUACCUCCCCUAAAACCUCCCACAUCACUUUACUGUUAAUACAGGAAUACUGUUUGCCUCAAUGAACAUACUGUUUACUGUAUUGUGGAAAGUUGAGACUUAGGUUUUAGAUAUGAGGUUAUUAAGAAGGAAGCGUUUUUAUGUAUUAAACUAUGAGCUGCAGCCUGUCAGCAUCUACUGUGCCUGUUCUUCAGUAAAGCAACCCUCAGGCUUCUCCCAGGGUGUUGGCCGCUGUCGGCCCACUGUCUUGUCUGUUCUGGGGGCCUGGAAAGAACCCGAGUGUGUGGUUAGGACAAGGUGGAUCUGCUGUACAUACGUGCCACAGAGCACGGGGGACUGUCCUGGAAGGAGGAAUUUCUUCUGGGGCAGCAGAGAGCAGAGGGGCUGCCUUCACAGUGCCUGGGCUGGUCUUUCACCAUUGGUAAAGAAGCGGUUGAAACACGUUACAGUAAUGUCUGACCCCUACCGCACCAGUCCCGUACUUCACAAAAAGUGCUACUAUGGAUUAGGAGAAACGUCCUCCUGGGUCUGUUUUAAUUAAAACUAAGCCUAUCUUCUGAGCCUAGAAAGAUGGGAAGGAAGAUGGAAGGACAUCCUAGAACCUGGAGUUUUGUGAAGAUACUCGCGGCUGGAACCUGAUCUGUGCACCCAAGUCUUCCCGAUUUUAGUUGGAAUUCAUCCUACCAUUUGAAUACUCCCUCUAAAUAUGCACGCGUAUAUAUGAUGAAGGGGAACCGGUUGGCCUCUCCUGGAUAUAUAUGCUUAGAGCUGAAAAAAGCAAAGAUGACGCAAGGCAAAAUACAAACAUAGACUUUAUUAAAUGCUGCUCAAUCCCCCAAUGAAGAUCUUUCAUUACAAAACAGUUUCCACACAACUGCAAGUUAAGAGAUUGGAAUGGUACUCUGAUAAGAAAAGAUGUGAGAAAUACCCGACCAGGUAAAACAUACAAGACCUUUCUGGAGUCAACUUUCCAGUGCUCUACGGAGGAAGCCUACUGCAUUUCCUUUAAAUAAAGCCAGGCAGUGACAACUAGCACCGUGCGCACCACACACGGGACCUGAAGCCUCCUCCCUGGGGUGCCAGGCGGCGGCGGAGAGGAAUGGACCGGCAGCGGUGUCCACCUGCCCUGCAAGACUGAUCUGGGUUCGCCCUGGGGCACUGCAGGUGAACGGGUACUGGUGAGGGACACUCUCAAGAAUUUUGGUUUACUGUCCCAGCUUUGCCCAUUUUGUGCUUUAAAAGACUGAAGAUUGACAUUUUUACACAAAUUCAGAAUACAGUAAUUCCUUCUGAUGAGGCGGGUGUAGGGUAGGAACCCACCUCAUGUUUUUGGGAGAGAUGAAGGGAAGGGGAAGGAUGGUACCUUAGUUUAUUUUAGGAAAAUACUCUUUGUACUGGGAUGUAACUAAGGUUUGCAGCAAUGUG